AUGUCUAUUGCAUCAGUAAGGACGAGCAUAUCAUCUAUGUCAGGAUUCAGUGAAGAACUCGAGUUCCAUCGUCGCCUGUUAAGGAUGGUAGUACAUAACAGACUAUCGUUUCGCUUUAUCGAGAGUAGAACUUUUAAAAGAUUCGUUACUUUCUUCAAUCCUUUGGUCAAAAUUCCAACACGACAGAAACUUAGCAAUAAAGUCCUCGUAGAAUAUGCAGAAAAAUUGGAGAGGGAGCGUAUAUUAGAAUUACAAAAAUACAAUGAACCUGUUACGUUAAUGUUCGAUGGGUGGAAAAACGUUCGUUGUCAGGAAGUAUUGGGGGCGGUUUUGUUAUCUCCAUCAAAUCAAAUAUACAUCUGGGGUGCCGAGGAUAUUAGUUUGGAGAGCCAGAGAACACCGGAUGUGAUGCGAACAAUGCGUGCGUUUUUGCAGCGGGCAGAGGAUCAAAAUAUACGAAUUGGAACAAUUGUUACAGAUAGUGCAUCAUCAUUCGCUGCGGCGCGACGACUCAUGCGACGUGAACGUCGGGAUAUUUGGGUUCAGAGCAUCCAGCAGAGCAUGUGA